AUUUAUUUUUCAUAGUAAUCAGUAAGUUUUUCCUACAAGAUUGUAAAGUGAUUUUUGAAAAAAUUAAAAUCGGGUUUAUUGCUUAAAAAAUCGCAUAAAUUAGUACAAAUUACGGACAACUUGCGCACAAAAAUCGAAUUACGAGUGUUUAAAGUGUUAUCAGUGUAUUUGGACAAAAUACGUAAAGCGUGUGCAUUCGCAAAGCCAAAGAAAAAAACGUCAUCUUUGUCGAAUUGAUUCGCUGGCGACCACGACAUUCGCAACAGGAGAAAAAAGAAAUUAAACAAUAAUCAUAUAAAUGACAAGUGGUUGAUUUUGGUUUACUUUUUGCAACUGUUUCCAACGCUAUUGUAAAAAGAAAAGAAAAUUAUAAAAGUGUCAGCAGGAAUACUAUAAAAAAGAGCCUAAAUAAGACGCAGACAAACAAGUAUGAACAGCGUUGUGAGCAGCACAGCGCCAAGUACAACGAGCUUCAUUGACCCGAAUGGCACAGCAGCAGCCGCCAUCGCAGUUGCCGCAUCGACGAUGACCGAAUCGACCACGCUGAAACCGAAUAUCGUUGUACAAGCCAAACCAAUGCCGUCGCCCAUUGAUCCGCUCAGUCACGUCGGUGAUGGUAUCUUCCUGCAAACAAAAACCGCCCAAGGACUUGCGACCGUCUUCGUGUGGGUGGCACUAUUUAUCACUUGCCAACAGAUUUAUCAACAUCUGCGUUGGUACACAAAUCCACAGGAGCAGCGCUGGAUAGUGCGCAUCCUUUUCAUUGUGCCCAUGUAUGCGACAUACUCGUGGAUCAGUUUGUUUUUCUUCAAUUCGGAUAAUGUGUAUGUGUACUUCUUUACCGUGCGCGAUUGCUACGAAGCUUUUGUCAUCUACAGUUUCCUGUCGCUGUGCUAUGAGUACCUUGGUGGCGAGGGCAAUAUCAUGUCCGAGAUACGCGGCAAACCCAUCAAGAGCUCGUGUCUGUAUGGCACCUGCUGUCUGAAGGGCAAGACGUAUACAAUCGGUUUCCUGCGCUUUUGCAAGCAGGCCACAUUGCAAUUCUGCUUGGUGAAGCCAUUGGUGGCAUUCAUUAUUAUAUUCCUGCAAGCCUUUGGCCACUAUCAUGAUGGUGAUUGGAGUGCAAACGGUGGCUACAUUUACAUUACAGUUAUCUAUAAUAUAUCCGUUUCGCUUGCCCUCUACGGUCUAUACUUAUUCUACUUCGCUACGCGUGAUUUACUUACACCAUUCGAGCCUGUAUUGAAAUUUUGUACAAUCAAAUCAGUUAUCUUCUUAUCGUUUUGGCAAGGUGUUAUGUUGGCCAUUUUGGAAAAGGCCAAGGUCAUCUCGCCAAUUGUGGACAGCGUCGGCACUGUCACAUCAGCUGGUACUGUUUCGGCGGGCUAUCAAAACUUCUUCAUUUGCAUUGAAAUGUUGUUUGCUGCGAUUGCCUUGCGCUAUGCAUUCCCCUAUCAGGUUUAUGCGCGCAGUUGCAUUGCCGAUGGCCAAGGUCGCUCUGUUACCAUGCAAUCAAUAUCAAGCAGUCUUAAGGAAACUAUGAAUCCCAAGGAUAUUAUGACAGAUGCUAUACACAAUUUCCAUCCACAAUACCAACAGUACACACAAUACAGUUCCGGUGGUAAAAAUUCGCGUGGUAUACGCGUCUCCUCCUACGAUCCGGACGAACCGAAUGCCACACAUCACGGCAAUAGCAACAACACAGGCGGCAAUAGUGGCACAAUGAGCAGUUUGGGCAACACCAGCCAAGGCACACCAGGUGGCAGUAUCGCCGGCUGCAUCGCAUCGAAAACCUUGGGCAAUCAGCGGAAAUUCAUGCCCGGCGGCCAACGGGUCGCCACCAUCAGCCAGAACUAUAACGAGAAGACGAUGUUGCUGAGCAGCGAUGAUGAGUACCAGUAAACGAGGCCGGAUCGUGGUGUCGUUAAGAAGUGAGUAACGGAAGCGAGCCGCCCUAAUAGCACUUUUUAAAUACUAUAAAAACUCACUGAUUACACCGAAGCAACAGGUGGAAGAACCGUUUAGGCUUUGGACGUGUGUUGGCGUUUUUAUUGUAAUCUUCUUAAUUUGCUGUUUAUUUUGAGUUUUUGAUGUGUAAGUGUUGCCAGAAAUUAGCUGCGAUUGCCGUAAUUAGUGGUCGCAGGUGAAUUUCAUUGAAAAAUAUUGUUUUUUGUUGCAAAUGUAAGGCUUUGUACAAAUUAAUUUUUAAUUUUUAUUGCGGAAUUAAUUUUUGUAUUUUUAUCAAAAGUGUGUAGAUCAGUACAAAUAAUUACGGUUAUAUAUAAAGGAAAAAGUUUUAAAUGCCAGCAAGAGCAGCUAAGGUGCUAUUUAUAGAUUUCAUAACAUUUUUACUAGAAAAUAUGCAAUUUUAUGCCACAUCUUCCAUAAGUGAGGUUAUGUUAUUAUCUUUUAUUUAUAAUUGAUUUAGUUACGUUAUUUAUUGCAAAUUGCAAAUGCAGAACUGAACUGCCGUUGUUUACUUUGUGCUUUUAGCAAAUCUCAGUCGCACACAUACUUAUGUAAUUAUUGUAUGUAUGUAUGUAUACAUAAGCUAGCAAAAUAUGUAAUCCUUUGCGGUGAACUUGGCGCGCUUCUCUACAGCAAAACCAACAAAUGUCCAAAAUUGUUUCUAUUAUUGUAACAUUAUUAACAACAAAUAUUAUGUAUUAUUAUUAAUGUACGUCGUAUGUAUGUACAAUCGUAUAGCACGCAUCCGUCGUUCGGUGGUCGUGUGUGAGUGUGUAUUUUAAAUAAAAAUAUACUGCAAAUGAAAAUAAAUACAAAUUCACAAUCCACAAUAUGUAUGCUUUGCAUUAGAAUUUUAAGCGAAUUACGGAUUGUAAUAUUCAAAAAAGUAGUGGCAGGGGCAGAGUUGUAUUUGAGUAGAUGAGUAGAGCGGAAGCCGUUAGAUAUAAGAACUUUUCAAAAAUCUAGAUAAAGCAUUGAAAUGUAAGAAACUAGUAUAUUAACUGAACUGAAGAGUGGUGAGAAAAGAGGAAAUCAAAAUAAAAACCAAAUGUGAACUCAUAUUUAACAUAUACAUUAAUAUUUA